AUGUCUUACGAUUCCACGAUUACCGCUUUGAAGGCGUUCCUAGCCGCAAAUACGCUCUUCGUAUCGCUGUUCUUGUUUCGGUACACUCGCUUCUUCGGCAAUAUCAUUGGGUGGCUUCUCUACAAGCCGAGCCCCGUCCCAAGGACCCCGACGGUUACCCCAACUGCUGUCACGGUCAUCAUUCCUACAGUCGACCCGGAAGGGCCUGAUUUCUUGGAGUGCUGUCGGACAGUUCUAGAGAACAAUCCCGGCAACCUCAUAAUCAUCACUGUAGGACAGACGAAUGUGGAUGCCACCGAGACAACCAUAGCGCCCUUGAGGGCAGCACACCCUGGGACGACCAUCAUCGUUGACCAGACUGCUAUAGCAAGUAAGCGUAGUCAGGUCAGCCACGCCUUAGAGCUCAUCCGGGACAGAAAGCUUGUCACCCAGGUAGUUGCGUUGGUUGACGACCAUGUCUUUUGGCCUACGAACCGAUUCCUGCCCACUGCCAUCGCCCCUUUCGAAGACGCGAGGGUGGGCGCGGUCGGGAUCAACAAGAGAGUACGAAGACAGCCUACCGGCUUCAGUAUAGAAUCGUUCUGGAACUUGCUGGGAGUAACAUACCUCGAGCGCCACAACUUCGAGAUCAGGGCCACGAACGCUAUCGACGGCGGGGUCUUCGUCAUCUCCGGGCGGACGUCGCUUUACCGUAGUAACAUCCUUACCGAUCCGGCUUUAAUACACGAAUUCCAUAACGAAAUGUUCCUCUUCGGUCGGUACGGUCCGCUGAACCCCGACGACGACAACUUCUUGACACGCUGGAUUGUCCGAGAGGGGUGGAAGAUCAAGAUUCAGUAUAGCGAUGACGCCCGCAUUGAAACCACGCUCGGCGAAUCAGCACGCUUUUUGUCUCGGUGUACCCGAUGGGCUCGCACAACGUGGAGAAGCAAGGCCUCUUCGCUUUUCACCGAUAGGACCGUGUGGAGGGCUCAACCCUGGGUGAGCAUCUUUUCAACUUGUUCCUCACCCAAGAUUUGCUUGCUGGAGCCUGCAGGAGCAACGGGAGUAACGGCCGAAUACACCGCCGAACAGGCGCGCAUCGAAACACAAUGGCACGUGGAGCUGAACACUUUGCGAAAGGCCGGUGUCGCGCACGCAGACCAGAUGGCCGCUUUCAACACCCUUCUCAGAGCGGCCGGCCCUACCACCACGGCCGUCCCUGCGAUCACCGUGCCCGCCAUCACCGAGGCCGAGACCGUCGCCGCGUUCCGCCAGCUCGUGGAGGACGAGGUCGAGAGGCGGGUCGAGCACCGGACCCAGAUGUAUAGAGGUCAUCGCAACGCUUACCUCACCGGCAACUUCAACGCGGCCAGGGAGCUGAAGGCCAUCUCCGCCAGUCGCGCUCUGACCUCGGCACUCCGGACCCGGGUCGACCUCAUCCGCACCAGGGUGUUGGCUGCCACAACCCUGCCACUCCCACCUGCGGCACCGCGUACCUAA